CUUUCCUGAAGGGUGUUCCUGUGGAUUUUGCGAAUGAACAUCCCUGAUACCCUCAGCCUUCCUGAGAUGGCAAGUCCGGCAGUCAGCCCAGACUCUUCCUCCCACGAGGCUCUUUCUUCUGUCAACUCUGCGCCCGCAUGCUCCCCCACCUCAGAUUCAGAGAACCUAAGCCCAGAUGAGCUGGAGCUGUUGGCAAAGUUGGAGGAGCAGAACAGGCUGCUGGAAGCAGAUUCCAAGUCCAUGCGCUCCAUGAAUGGCUCCCGCAGGAACAGCGGCUCCUCCUUAGUCUCCAGCUCCUCAGCCUCCUCAAACCUAAGCCACCUCGAGGAGGACACCUGGAUCCUAUGGGGGAGGAUUGUCAACGAAUGGGACGAAUGGCGGAAGAAGAAAGAGAAACUGCUGAAGGAGCUCAUACGGAAAGGAAUCCCACACCACUUCCGAGCCAUCGUAUGGCAGCUGCUGUGCAGUGCCACAGAUAUGCCUGUCAAGAACCAGUAUUCAGAGCUGCUGAAGAUGUCUUCCCCCUGCGAGAAGCUGAUCCGGAGGGAUAUAGCCCGCACAUAUCCUGAGCAUGAGUUCUUCAAGGGACAGGACAGCCUAGGCCAAGAGGUCCUUUUCAACGUCAUGAAGGCCUAUUCCCUAGUGGACCGUGAGGUUGGAUAUUGUCAGGGCAGCGCAUUCAUCGUGGGAUUGCUGCUAAUGCAGAUGCCUGAAGAAGAGGCUUUCUGUGUGUUUGUGCGACUGAUGCAGGAAUAUCGAUUACGAGAGCUAUUCAAACCCAGCAUGGCUGAGCUGGGCCUCUGCAUCUACCAGUUUGAGUACAUGCUGCAGGAGCAGCUGCCUGAGCUGAACAUCCACUUCCGCUCCCAGAGUUUCCUCACCUCCAUGUACUCGUCGUCCUGGUUUCUCACCCUCUUCCUCACGACCUUCCCUCUGCCUGUGGCCACCCGAGUGUUUGACAUCUUCAUGUAUGAGGGGCUGGAGAUCGUCUUCCGUGUGGGGAUGGCCCUCCUGCAGUUCAACCAGGCAGAGCUGAUGCAGCUGGAUAUGGAGGGGAUGUCGCAGUAUUUCCAGAAGGUGAUUCCUCAUCAGUUCGACAGUUGCCCGGACAAGUUGAUCCUGAAGGCAUACCAGGUCAAAUACAACCCCAAGAAAAUGAAGAGGCUGGAGAAGGAGUAUGCUGCAAUCAAAAACAAAGAGAUGGAGGAGCAGAUUGAGAUCAAAAGGCUCCGGACUGAGAACCGCCUCCUGAAGCAGCGGAUCGAGACCCUGGAGAAGGAGAGCGCUGCCUUGGCAGAUAGACUGAUCCAGGGCCAAGUCACCCGCGCACAGGAGGCCGAAGAGAAUUACAUCAUCAAGCGAGAGUUGGCGGUGGUGAAGCAGCAGUGCAGCUCAGCCACGGAGAACCUGCAGAAGGCCCAGAGCACCAUCCGGCAGCUGCAGGACCAACAGGGAAACCCCCGGUUCACGGAGGAGUUUGUGAAUCACCUGGAAACAGAGCUGGAGCAGUCGCGUCUGAGGGAGAUGGAGACAUUGGGCGCGCUCAAGGAGAUGCAGGACAAAGUGCUGGACAUGGAAAAGAAGAACAGCUCGCUGCCCGACGAGAACAACGUGGCCCGUUUGCAGGAGGAGCUCAAGGCAUUGAAGGUACGCGAGGUGGCGGCGCUGACCUCACUCAAGGAGCUACAGCUGCAGGUGAAGGAUCUCAACGACAGCUGGCAGGCUCAUCUGUCGCGGACAGGCGGGCGCUGGAAGGAGUCCCCCCGCAAGAACACCAUGAACGACCUCCAGGAUGAGCUGAUGACCAUCCGCCUGCGGGAGGCCCAGGCCCAGGCCGACCUCCGUGAGCUGCGGCAGAGGCUGGUGGAGCUUGAAACCCAGGAUCAGAUUCACAGUAAUCUGCUGAACCGGAUGGAGCAGGAGUGCCUAGGGCUGCAGGAGAAGCUGCAAUACCUCACUGCCCAGAACAAAGGGCUGCAGACGCAGCUGAGUGAGACCAAGCGCAAGCAUGCGGAGUCUGAGUGCAAGAGCAAAGAGGAGGUGAUGGCGGUGCGGCUGCGGGAGGCCGACAGCAUGGCAGCCGUGGCAGAGAUGCGGCAGCGGAUCGCUGAGCUGGAGAUCCAGAGGGAAGAAGGGAUGAUCCAGGGCCAGCUGAACAACUCUGACUCCUCCCAGUACAUCCGGGAGCUCAAGGACCAGAUUGAUGAGCUCAAGGCUGAGAUCCGGCUGAUGAAGGGCCAGAAGCCCUUCGAGGACUCCAUGGGCUUUGAUGGCAUCCACAUUGUGAGCCACCUGGCGGUGGACGAGGACUCGCUGCACUCCUCAGAUGAGGAGCUGCUGACCAACCCCAUGGUGGUGGGCGCGCUGCAGGACGUGCUGUACCCACUCUCACCCUGCAAUGCCCGCUUCCUGCGGGGCAUGGAGAGCUCCGGCAAGGAGAGUGACGGCUCCACGGACAGUGAGCCCGAGGACCCCACCUCCACCACGGAGGCCGACGGCGAGAUGGAGCCGCAGAUCAUCUUCGGAGAGACCCUCAGCAAGUGA